ACACGUUUCCGGAGGUCGGCGGGCGGGCCUGGAGCCGCUGGGGCCGCCGCUUCUCGGUGGGCGUUUGGAAUGGAUGCCCUGGCCGGCAUGAUGCAGGACCUCCUGACCCAGAACCACGCUCUUCGCAGGGAGAACAAUGAGCUCAUGGACCAAGUGCGGCGCCUGCUGUGCGAGAAGGCCAACCUCCUGGCCCAGGUGCGGCCCCCGCCCUGCCCCGUGGCUUUCCCCGAAUCCUUCCAGGGCGACUCCGCCCGGCUCCCCGAGUUCCUGAUUCAAGCGCACGCCUACAUGAGCUUCUUCGAGGCCAGGUUCUCCAGCGACACCCUGAAGGUGGCCUUUCUCAUCAGCCGCUUCUCGGGGCCGGCGGAGCAGUGGGUGGUCCCCUUCAUCGAGCGGGAGAGUCCCAUCCUGUCUCAGUAUGAGGCCUUCGUGGACGCCCUAAAGCAGACCUUUGGUAGGAAUGUGUGAAGGAAGAUACCAGGGCCGCAUACCGGUGCUCCGGGGCCGGCUGCAGGCCCAGCACGCUCCACGAUUUGGGGCCUGCUUGGCUCCCACUCACCAAUAACUUCCCAGCGCCAAGCGGCUGGGUCCGACCCUGCUGGGAAUCUUGGCUCCUUGUUCUUGUCAACCCCAGUGCCUUUGCAACCACAGCAAGUGACAGCACCGGGACCUCUAAGAAAUUGGAAGACCCAGAAUGACAUUCCUGCCGUUUCCGAACACUGCUUCUGACGGCUUUGAAAAAUCAGAUCGAACGUAAAAGAGUUUGAUGGUGUCGUACAUCCUCUUGGUCAGGCCUAAAGUCAGCCUUCUGGGGUUCGUGUGCCAGCCAGCCUCCUUCUGAAACUAUUUGCUUACAUAGCAGUCUUGGAGAUUGUGCCUUUUGGUUCAAAAAGUCCAGGUCCUGGACACUACCUGGAAAACACUUACUUUUACUAUUCUUAUAUACAUAGUUCAUAUGUGCAUGUAAUUUACAAUAAUAUGGUUAGUACUGUAUUUAGUGUUACAGAAGACAGACGAUUAAGUCAAUGUAUUAGUCUUCGAGAACAGUUAUUAUGUUUUAAGGGGAAAAAUCCCACAUGCAGAUUUAAAGUCCUACUUAGGCAAUGCAUUUGUGUGUAAAGAAUGUGCAUUUGGUACUUGGGAACAUUUUUUUACUUUCACCCACAGUUUUUUCAAAAGGUUAAAAGUAUAUGCAGGUUAGCGAGCUAGUCAGAAAACCCAGCUUGAGUGGUUUUGAUUUUCACUGCUGGAGAUGGUAUAAAGUUUCAAACAAUAGCCCAUGGAAAUGGUGCUGUAUUCCCUUCUAAAUUCACUCUCUUUAGCCAAGUCACUUUACAAUGUGAAGCUGCAGAUUUCUCUUCAUUAAAAUCAUUAUAUGGUCAUUAAA